AUGAACCGUCCGGGCCCUAGAAGUAGCCGGGAUGGCGUGCGAGAUGAGCGGCGACCGCAGGACGUUGGAAGCCGGCAGAGGGUGCCAUCGAAUACUCUUGAAGUCCCCGACAACUUCUUGUCCCAAGAGGAACUGGACAAAAUCAGCAAACCCGAAGAUAUCUGGGAAUCCAACACAAUGUACUACGUGCCGCCGCCCCGCGCACCUCCAAAACCACAACCGAAACCGACGAGGCCCCAACGGAAGAAGCUAUCCGCAACGCCGUCAUCCGACGAUGUCAAGUCAGCCAUCCUCGGUUUCCCCCCAAAAGACGCCGCCGCCACCCCUCCACCCACUCCUGCCGCAGACACCCCUACGGAGAGCGGUACAAUCACCGCCACCAGCAGACUCUCCGCCGCCCACGCAGACGCAACCUCCUUCUUCCGCCAACCCCCGGCCUCCUUCCUCUACUCAGCCCAGUUCUGGAAGCAGCACCCGAUCAACACCACCACCCCGGAACUCUGCAUCAUCGGCGCCUCCAACUGCGGCAAGUCCUCCUUCGUCAACGCCCUCACCGGCGUCGCCGAGCUCGCCAAGGAAAGCUGGAAGCCCGGCAAGACGGUGAUGAUGAACGCCUACGGCGUCGGCAAACCACCCACGCACUCGCGCAAAGUCACCCCCGACGAGAAGACCGCCAACGCCGCGCGGCAGCACGGGCUCGUCCUCGUCGACACGCCGGGGUACGGCCACGCCAGCCGCCGCGAGUGGGGCGAGCAGAUCACGCAGUACGUCAACAAGCGCACGAUGCUCCGCGGCGCGGUGCUGCUCCUCUCGGCGGAGAAGAAGGUCGGCGCGCAGGACGAGGCCGUCAUGGGCCUGCUGGCGGCGAGCGGGCGCCCUGUGGUGGUGGUCUUCACGAAGCUGGACAAGGUCAGCGGCGCGGGGCGCGGGCGGGAGAGGAAGAAGGACGGGGGCAUCGUGCGGCGGUUCGCGGAGGUGGAGCGGUGCUUUGGGAGGUUGGGAGCCGGGUUGUGGGUGCCGAGGGUGUAUCUUACCGCGGCCAAGAUGGAGAGGGUGAAGGACGGGAGGACGUUUGCGGUGAACGCGGCGGGUAUGGCGGGCGUGAGGAUGGAGAUUUUGGAGAUGCUUGGGUUGAGGCAGGCUGUUGCGUCGACGAAGGUCAAGGAGAAGGCAGCGGUGGAAAAGAAGGAGACGGUGCAGGAGGAGGAGAAGAGGGUAGCGGAGCCUGGGAAAGCGAUGGAGAGUGAUCCUAGGGCGUGGUCUGGGAAGACCAUCUCUUUCGAAGAGCUGGAGAAGAAGUUUGGAGACUGGAGCUCAUGA